CACCUGUCGGUAGGGAUCGGAAACCGGAAACUCCAAGCUAAUGAACUGGAAUGAGCUGGAGCUAGGCGACAAAGCUCAAAUCAGACACCGCUUUUAAAAUGAUGUAUGUGUGAAUAAAAAGCUUCUGUCCGUGUGUGGAAAAUGUCUAAAGUCCAAACACUGAGGUCUUUCGUCAACCAGAGACUGACUGCUGCUGCUGAAGAGAUAUUUGAUCUGUUUGAAAGAACCAUAGCAGAGUAUGAGGAGGAAAUCUGUCGAUCAAAAGAGGAGAAUGAGCGACAACACAGACUGCUGGAUGCCGUUUUCAAACCUGAAGUCCGCUUACACAGAUAUGAGGUCCAGCAGCUGUUGUCGGGUGAAGAAGAGGUUCCCUCUGAGCAGCAGGAGAGGAGCUCCAGUCUGGACCAGGAGGAUUCACCAGAACCACCACACAUUAAAGAGGACCGGGAGGAGCUCUGGAGCAGUCAGGAGGGAGAGCAGCUUCAAGGAGCAGAGGAGGCUGAUAUCAGCAUGUUUGUAUUCACUCCUGUCCCUGUGAAGAGAGAAGAAGAUGAUGAAGAGGAACCUCAGUCCUCACAGCUUCAUGAAAUCCAAACUGAAGAGAGGAGAGACACAGAGCAUUUGAAAGCAGACGCCUACGGAGAGGACUGCAGAGGACCAGAACCAGACGGAGACUUUAAUCCACACAGUCAUUUACAGCCAGUUACUCCUGACAAGACUUCACAGUCUGACUCUGAGGACAAUAACAGUCUUUGUGAUUGGGAGGAGACCUUUAAAACUCUUUCAAUUUUCAACCCUCUGCAAAACACAAUAGUGACUGUGAGUGAUAUCGAUCGUGGUCCUGAAAGAACAUCUUUAAGCUCCUCUGAAUGUGCUACACGAUUUGGGCAAAGGGAACAUCCACAUGGAAUCAGAGGUAUAAAAAAAGGAGAAAACCACUGAGUUGCUCAUUUUGUGGUAAAAGAUAUAUGCGGAGAGCCUUCUUAAGAAAACAUUUGAAAUGUCACUCGGAGGAGAAUUGUUUCCGCUGCUCCAUCUGUCAAAAAAGUUUUAAAUUGAGAGGAAUGCUUCUGGCACACAUGAGAACCCACACAGAAGAGAAACCCUUCAGUUCCUCUGUCGGUGGUACAAGGUUCUCAGUAAAGUCUAAUUUAAACUCAGACUUAAAUACUCACACAGGAGGAAAACUUCAUGCCUGUAAAGUUUGUAAAAUGAGUUUUAGUCACAUCAGAGAUUUGUUUGACCACGCAGGAAUCCAUACAGGGAGGAAAUGCACUUGUUCAGUGUGUGGCAAAAAAAUGCACAUGUACUCUGUGAAGAGACACAUGAGAACCCACACGGGAGAGAAACGCGUGACUUGUUCCCUUUGCGGGAAGAGAUUUGCAGAACAUGGAGAUCUCAAACGCCAUUUGUAUAUCCACAGUGGAGAGAAAGCCUAUAGUUGUUCAGUUUGUGGGAAAAGCUUCACACGGAAAGGAAACGUGAAACGCCACUCUUACGUCCACACGGGAGAGAAACCGUAUGGUUGCAGUGUUUGUAAUAAAAGAUUCACACAGAUCGGAGGCCUAAAAAAACACAAAUGUUGUGUUUUUACCUUUUCUUAGAAGGAGAUAUAUAUAAUUCUUUAUUCAUGUAUCUGAGGCUUUUAUCCAAAGCGACGAACAUCAGAGAGUAAGAAAGACACAUGCAAGGAUCUAGAGAGGAGGAGACAACGUUAGGAAGUGCAAAUGAAUAGCUUUAAGUCUGAUCGGGAAGUGACCAGAGGCAGAGCACUUUUUUUUAAUAAUUAAAGUUAAUAUAUCGUCACCACCAACAACAACAUCGACAGCUCAUGAAAGACUCAGAGCUUCCCUAAACAUGUGUGUGAAGUUUCUUGUUCUAAAUCCACUCUGAUCCUGUAUUUGAUCAUGUCUAUAAA